CCACUCACCCAACCCCCUGGAAUUUCACUAUAAGUAAAUGUGCAAAGAAAGGGAUCGCAUCAGUCAGAUUAACGUGUCCUGCUGCAUGGCUCACUACAACUAAAACAGUAAUUAUAUUUAAAUCUCGACCCACUAAUCUGUAUACAUUGCAGCCAGUCGAUCAUUACUCCUUACUUGGAAAGCUGCGAAAAGAAAACACAGCGUGAGACAAUUGGAUCUUUUUUUGAGGUGGGAGUUAAGCUGCAUUGUGGCUUCCCAACUUAUUUUUUUUAACGUAUGAAAGUUUCUAUGAGGUGAUUGUUAGGGUAGUAAUUAGUAGUUCUUGGCGCUUGUGCAUAUGACGUGAUUCCUGCUCCAAGUUUGCUACGAUCUGGACUCCCACCUCGGUGGAACAGGACCCCUGAGUCUCCAAGACCUUAACACGCAACUUCACAAGUGAAAAGGACCCAAGGUGCUAUGAAGAUGAACCCUGUGCUUCUGUUAGCUUUUGUUUCACUUUGUGUGGCUGAUUAUCCUGACUUGGAUCAUCACAAAACCAUCUACAUUUCAGAAAAUGGACCUCGCCUCUUUCUGCAAAUGGAUCAAUCAAAAGUCAUUUCUUACCGUGGUGGAAAUGCCACAUUGCCUUGCAAGUUCCAUCGAGAAGCUAGCUCUGGCAAUGGGAAUUCUCAGAAGACAAGAAUCAAGUGGACAAAGCUUACAGCUGAUUACCUCAAAGAGACAGAUGUUUAUGUUGCGAUGGGUGUUCAUAGAAAAAGCUAUGGAAGUUAUCAUGGACGAGCAUUUCUGCAGGGAGCCAGUGAGAAUGAUGCUUCCCUUAUUAUCACAGACAUCACUUUGGAUGACUAUGGAAAGUACAAAUGUGAAGUCAUCGAAGGCUUGGAAGAUGACACAGGUGUUGUUACAUUGGAUUUACAAGGUGUUGUAUACCCAUAUUUUCCAAGAAUGGGUCGCUACAACCUAAACUUUAAAGAAGCUCAACAGGUCUGCCAAGAUCAAGACUCAGUGAUUGCCUCAUUCGAUCAGCUCUAUGACGCAUGGAGAGGUGGACUGGACUGGUGCAACGCAGGCUGGCUAAGUGACGGCUCUGUGCAGUAUCCUAUUACCAAACCUAGAGAACCUUGUGGAGGCAAGGACACUGUCCCAGGAGUGCGCAACUAUGGAUAUCGUGAUAAGGACAGAAACCGUUAUGAUGUUUUUUGUUUCACCUCCAAUUUUAAAGGUCGCUUUUACUACCUGAUACAUCCGACUAAGCUGACCUACGACGAAGCAGUGCAAGCCUGUCUGAAAGAUGGCUCUCAAAUCGCCAAGGUUGGACAGAUGUACGCUGCCUGGAAGCUGAUGGGAUAUGACCGCUGUGAUGGUGGCUGGCUGGCUGAUGGCAGCGUCCGCUAUCCUAUCUCCAGACCUCGGCGACGUUGCAGUCCCACAGAAGCAGCAGUGCGUUUUGUGGGAUUUCCUGACAAAAAGCACAAAUUGUAUGGUGUCUAUUGUUUCCGAGCGUAUAACUGAGACGGAGGGAGAAAAUCCAUUCAUCUCUGAACACAUAAAGGAUUUAUUCUUAAAAAAAAAAAAAAAAAAUCAUUUUUCCAAAACUGUGAGAAA